UAGUCGACCGUUGGACUUGUGCAGCUGGCUUUUCAGUCUUUCACACGCCUUUCACUCGACUUUUCGGACAACUUUAUUUUCUUUGAUAUAAAACCCUAAGAACAAAUUCAAAUGAGUGGCCUCAAUCUCAAUUUUUCAUCCACCUUCUUCACUGCCUCUCUGCCUCUAACCCAAUCCCAAAUUCCAAACCCUAAAUUUCCUCAAUUCCAACGAUACUCUUUCAGAAAUCGACAGACUAAACGAUGUGGUUUCAUAGCAGCACAUGCUGGCUCUUCCGGUCUUCCGCUCCUCCAUUUGAUAUAAACCAGGUUCUUAUUCCAUCUGAGAGUAAGACACUACACUUGUAUGAAGCAAGAUAUUUAGCACUGUUGGAAGAGUCUUUAUUUCAAAAGAAGAAGCUCUUUGUGCAUUUUGUUUUGGAUCCUGUUAUCGUUGGUGAUUCAUCAGCCGGAUCAUCCUUUGCUGCUAGAUAUGGUUGUUUAGUCAUAAUAGAAAAUGUUGAGCGAUUAGAUGUUGGAGCAUUAGUCUCAAUAAGGGGAAUUGGUCGUGUCAAGAUCAUGGAAUUUGUUCAGGCAGAUCCAUACUUGAAAGGUAUAGUCAUUCCAAUGCAGGACAAUAAUUCUGAAUGUGUGAGUGAAAUAAGCUCUAAAGUUUCAGAACUUAAGGAGGCUCUUUACAGUUUGAAUAGCUUGGAGAUCAAACUAAAGGCUCCUAAGGAGGAAUUGUUGCAAACAUGUAUUGCCAAGUCCUUAACGUGGGCAGAAAAGGAGCCUUCUGUGGAUUGUGAUGAAGCUUUUGUUCCAUCAUUGGCUGAACGAAUAUCCUUUGCAGCACUUCAACCUGUAACAGGAUCAACUCAAUCAGAAUUGCUGGAGUUGCAGAGAGAGAAGUUAAGAGCCAUGGAUGUCAGAGAAACACUAGAAAGGAUAGAUGAUUCUUUACAACUCGUUAGAAAGUCUAUUUCCAUGGUUGUAGCCAAGCUCGCCAUUCAAUCACUGGAGGUUCAGUAAGCCUGGGAGAUAAUGCUUGGAAUAACCUUUUUCUAAGACUCAACUCUCAAUAAUUGUUCAUUUGAAUGGACAACAUGCAACAUGAAAAAAGAAAGGGUCCAGCUACAGUAUCAAAAAGGGUAUUCAUCAAAACCUGUGACUAAUGCUUUAUUUCCAUUGUUUUGUACAUUGGUCUUAUUGAUCUAUACUUUAAUCUCAUCUUUUGUACCUUGGUCC